ACUACGUUUUUUGGAAUUGGUAGUGGCUGUAUAGCGCCUUAUAUACUCGACGGUGGUAGACGUCCAAACUAUUUUGACGGAGAGAUCACUGGCAGCCCUCCCAGUCAAAAUGGAUUUGACGUAUAGCGCCGUCAAUGGCACAGCUAGUCCUUCCAGUUUUAAUUAUUUGGAUGUGUAUCGUUGUUAUGGCAGACAAUGAGCAAAUUGCUUUGAAAUUUAAUAAUAAUAAAAUAAAAAAAUAAAUAAAAAAAAGUAAAAUGUUUUAAAUUUAAAAGAAGUAUAUGUAAAUGUAAAUUUUAUAUUAAAAAAUAUCUUUAUAUAAAUUUUUUUGUUAAAAAAAAAAUAUAUAUAUCUUUAUUUAUUUAUUUAUACAGUUUAAAUAAACUUUGUCUAUUGUUGUCAAUGGCAGGCAAUGAGUUCAAUAGUCUAUAAUUUAAAAUAAUAAUAAAAAAAACUUUACAGCAAUAGUAAGGGUCAUAACCAGAGUGUAUUUUUGUUUUUAGUCAUUUUAAUGAUUAUUAAUGUCUUAUUUUAUUACAAAAAAUAGCAGCUUGACCUAUGAAGUCUUAAACUUCUACAACUAAUUGAUGAUAAAAUGAAUUGACAAAAUGUGAUAUUGUUGGGCGUAAAUAAUAGAUCAUGAAUCUUCUCAAAUUCAUUAAAAAAAAAAAAAAGUACUCAUUAUUAUUUCUUAUAUUAAUAAAACAAAAGGAAACCAAUUUCAUUACGAUACGAUAUUAAAUUCUUUGCACAGCGAUAUGAUGUUUGCUGGUAUUACAAAGUUGGCUACAAUUUAAUUCAAUUUAAGGGCCUUCGAUUUCAUUCGAUAUUAUGUGUAAAUAACAUGCAAAGCAAUUUUGAUAAUUUUUGACCAUUUUGUUGCUGAAACAUUUCACAAUUUAAUGAAAACUAAAGGGGCACUGAUCGAUUGGCCAACUGAUUUUCUGAUUUUCAAACGAUUUAAUUGAUUUUGGGAGAUCACUGAUUGGUCCAUCACGAAAAAUGUAACUGAUAUUGUCCGCUGAUCGUUUCUAGAGUCAGUUAGCCAUAUUAGGUAGCUAGCAUUUCAUUCAUGGUCAGCAAUAUGAGCUUAUAGUAAGUGCACUUGUUUGGUAUUUUUAUACUUUCGCAACUUUAGCAUAAUGUUUACAAUUGUAACGUCUGCUGUUCUUUGCUAGGUUAAUGCUGUUAAAGUUUGGAAUGGAAUUUAUAAUUUAGUAGUUAUAUUUAUAUGUAUAUAUAUGUAUUUAACUUUUUUCCAUUGAACAGGAUUGUUUUAUUUGUCACAACAUAUUUGCAAUUUGAAACAGCAACAUGAAUUUAUUGUUAAAUUAAAUAAACUGAUAUAUUUUUAAUAAAAGUGACUUCUAGACUUAGCCCAAAUAAUAUAUGCUUUAAAUGAUUUUAUGUAAAACACAUACCACUAACUAUUAAUAUUAAUUAGUUGAAUAUUAAUAGGGACUAAGAGACAGAGCACGUGUGUAUGACUCGUAUCAUUAUUAAACACAUUAUACACACACUCAACCCCUCUCUCAACACAGAAAGUUGCCAGAGAGAAUAAACACCACAGGCUGUAUGAUGAAAAUGUUAUUUUGAAAUGAUGUUUACAAUGGGAGAAGACUUAACAAAUCUAGGGUAGAGAGGAAACUAGUUAGCCCUCUUGGCAUCCUAACUAGCCACGUUAUCUGCCUCGAUAACAAGCUUAUGUUAUAGUAUUUGUUUUACCAUCGCUAGAAACACUGAACCAGCUCGAAUGAACUCUCGUAGCUGGUGGAAAAAGUUCAUUACAGCGUUUACUUACUUUAAAUUUUGUGUGACGUGAUGGCUGAUGGUCACGAAAAUGUGAAAUCAUGUUGGAGGUCCUGCUGUCCUUCCCCUUCGAAGCCGCGGCAGUCUUUUUCUUUUCGGGAGCCGAAGUACUCCCAUCGUAUCAAUUUGGUGUUCGGCCAUUGUGUCUAUUCUACAGCACAGCGACAGAUAAAGGGCAGGGCAACAACCGGAGGGGGAGUGGUCAGCGCUGCCGCUUCUUGCCACGUUUGUUUCACUGCAUUUUUGGGACAUAAAAAAUAGCUAAUACUAGAGCCGAUCGAUCGGGUCCGACCACGUCAUUUUCAAGGUAUCGGAAUCGGCAAAAAAAUAUCGGCCAUCCCUUUUUUUAAUAUAUAUAUAUUUUCUAAUUAAAUCGUUUUCUAAUUGUAUUUAACGUUACAGACAUAAUAUGUUACACUCAUCCUUAGUCUUUAGUUUAGGCUUAAUGUAGGGUUAUCAAAUUUAUCCCGAUAACGGCGGUAAUUAAUUUUUUAAAAAUGUAUCACAUUAAAUGCGUUGCACGACCCACUCAUGCAUUGUCGUGCUCAAUCUGUAAUGGCGCUGUUUUACCCAUUUAGAGAGAUAAAAGGCAGCGUAAAAUGAGUAGAGUGAAUUUUGGCAGCCUUUGAAGCCUUUUUUUGAUAGGCUAAAGCCUUACAAUCCCUCUCCCUACGAUUAGAAAUAUCAUGGGAAGCAAUGUGGGGAAGCAAGGUAGCAAUUGAUCUUUUUCUUAACACCUUAUGUUAUUUCCCAACGCAGAGAACAUAUAUCAAUUGGUAGCACUACGCACAGUCAUGGUUCCACUUCCCAUCAUGCAUUUGGGUUGAAUGGCUGCAGUAUCAUUUACUGAAAGGUCAACAAAUACCCUAAUUGGCAAUAUUUAGUCACAAUAUACAAAGUCACAAGUCUUUCUAUCCGUGGAUCCCUCUCUCAGAAAGAAUGUUAAUAAUGUAAAUGCCAUCUUGAGGAUUUAUUGUCAUAAUAAACAAAUACAGUACUUAUGUACUGUAUGUUGAAUGUUUAUAUUCGUCCGAGUUUUAUUCUUUUUUUUCUUAAUGCAUUGCCAAAAUGUAUAUGAUCGGAAAAAAUUAUCGGGAAUGAUUGGAAUUGAAUCGGGAGCAAAAAAAAAAACAAUCGGAUCGGGAAAUAUCGGGAUCGGCAGAUACUCAAACUAAAACGAUCGGGAUCGGAUCGGGAGCAAAAAAACAUGAUCGGAACAACCCCAGCUAAUACCGUACUACGGCAUGACAGAAAAUGCUUGUGGUUUUGAAACCGUGACGUUUUCAUACCACAGUAAACUUGAAAACGGAAACCGGCACAUACCUAGUAAUGAGCAGCACAAUGCUAGCAUCGCAACAGAUUAGAGCAACACAGUGAUAUAUCAGUGAUAAGAUAAAAGCAAAAGACUGUGAGGAGCAAUUUAGAGUGAAAAACUGUUAUUUAUGUGUAUCGAAAUACAAAUAAACCUGCACAUAAAGUAAGAAAAAGAAUCAUUCUAAGAAUUAAAAUCUUAUAUCCAAAAAAUUUCAUUAUGGUAUGUUUACUUCUUACAUAUUUGAAUAACCAAGGUUGUAUUUUGCUAGGUUUUGAAAGCUGUCAUCUAGUGCUGCAACGAUCAAUCGUUUAACUCGUGUUGUAAGAUUAGAAAAAAGCAUUGAAUCAAGUUUUGUUGCUUCGAGAAUUCUUUUAAUUAGAGUGGUGUUGUAAUGGUUUGUUUUGAAAGUGUUUGCAUUUAUUUUUAUUCAUUUGGGUGGAUACACUGCCCUCUGGUGGGAACAGUGAAUGUGACAUAACUCAUCUACCAUGGCUGGAUCCAGCUGCUCACUGUUAAGACCAAUAUAAGGUUGUUCAUUUUUGUUUGAGCUAAUAUGAUCUAUUAUGCUUUCGGAAUUUUUUCCAGAAGUAUAUUUUGCAGUUUUUUGUGGGAAUGUGUGUUUGAACGAUUUGUUAUAAGCUUUGUAAAAAAAAAAAAAACCAAACAAAAAAAAAAAAUAGUAAGCAUUUUAUAGCAUUUAAGGUAGCAGAAUUAACCAAUUGUUCUUUUGUUGUACUUCUUUAUGAAAACCUUUCUUUUGAUAGCUUUGCAUUACAGUAAUGAAGGAAAUUUACCAAAUCUAUCUAAAGAAAUAAACGCAGAAUACUAUGAUGACUGUCAUUUUUUUUUCAACAACAUUUUAAAAUACUUUACUUCUAGUAAAAUAUCUAAUUGACUAAUAUUUAAAAAAAAAAAAAAUCGCACCUUGUAGCCCUCUUUUGUCUUGCCUUCUUUAUGUUGCAUUAUGGGUCAGAAUAGCUGUAUUUAAAAGAACACUGUGAAAAUGACGGCACCAUGAACCCAGUGCAACAGUAAUGAAAGCUGCAUGCUUGGACACUAGAUUUUCCUUUAAUAUAUAUAAUUUUUUUUUACAAAGUAUGAAACCGUUAUAGUUUAAUAUAAUCUGCUAAAGGCUAUAGUUUUAAAAAGAUGUGUACCGUAUUUUUCGGGCUAUACGUCGCACCUGAGUAUAAGUCACACCAGCCAAAAAAUGCACAAUGAUAAGGAAAAAAACAUAUAUCGUCAUAUAUGUCAUAUAAGUCGCAUUGGAGUAUAAAUCGCAUUUUUGGGGGGAAAUUUAUUUGAUAGAAUCCAGCACCAAGAAAAGGCAUGUCAUCUUGAAAGGCAAUUUAAAAUACAAUAGAGAACAACAGGCUGAAUAGGUGUAUGGUAUGCUAACAUUACAUGACGCUAGAAGUUAGAUCGGGCCUAAAAAAUCCAGCCCGACCCGAUCGGCCUGCUGGUAUUAAAGCCCGACGCGGCCCGAGCCCGAUCAAUUAACUUGAUUUGCUUGCCCGAGCCCGAAAACCCCCGAAAUUUUAUCUUUUAUUUGUAGGCACGAGCCCGUUUUAUUUGUGAGGACUCAGGAAAAAGAGGAAAUGCAGGGAUGCGAUGCGUGGUUGCGUUUUGUGUGAUAACGUUUGUGACGAUGCCUGUACAUAUAUGCAUAAUGAUAACAAAUUAAAGCCUGUCUUUUGUUACGAAUUCUCCUAGUUAAACAAGACUGUAAGAUGAAUAUUCAAUAAAAAUUUAUAUCUUUUAUAUUUGCAUGUCUGUUCUAACAGGCGGAUAGUGGAUUUGACAUUUAUUUUAAUCUCCUCAAGUUGGCAGAGAAAAAACGAGAAAAAAAGUUUUCUCAAUAUUUUAAUAGUCUACAUAUUUUUAUGAUCAUUAUAAAUGCAUUUAGACAACGAAAUAACGCUGGAAAAGUUUGUUAAAUAUAUUUCUUGUAUAAGCCGACACAGGUUCUGUAUAGCACCUUCAACAAUCAAUUUGAAUCCUUUCCAUAUCCCACUCCUACUGCAGUUGUUUGCUUUUCAAUUCCCCUGUCUUUAGUUUGUUUUUCACUCCUAUUGCUGCUCCAUAUCGAAAAGGAAAUACCAGGAUGCUCGCGGAGGGUGCCACAUGGCGCGGGAGGGGAAGAUUGAAAAGAGAGCCACUGCGUUCACGUGCGCAGGCAUGCACAGCGCCUUCUCUGUUUUAUCCAAAUUAUUUAUUUUAUUUAACAUCCAUACAUUGUUUUCGUAUAAAUAUAUGAAUAUUUAUUUAUUUUAAAAAAAUUAGCGAGAGAGAAGUCGGCCCGACCCGACGUAAAUAAUCACAUACAGAGUAUGAGACGCACCCUCCGCCAAACUAUAAAAAAAAAAAACCUGUGACUUAUUGUCCAAAAAAUACAGUUUUUUUUGUUUUAAGUGAAAUUGAAUAUUUAUGAUGCUAUAUUGAGGUGAAAACCUUAAAGCAUGCAUCCAAGCACCUUGGACGCAUUAUGGUAAUGAAUUUACGACUUUAAAAUCAGUAAAAAAGAAUAUAUAUAUAUAUAUUAUUUUUUUAACAAAUCGUGGACUGGGCUACGUAAUAGACAUAACCACCUUUCAACUAAAAUGAAUAUCAGGUUUUCAUGACCAUAUCCCUAAAAUCUUAAUCUACGUAUGUCUCAAAGACAUAGUUUAGUUUAGCUUCAUGAGAAUCACCGCUUGGUUGUUGUUUGCUUGUGUAGAUAACGUAGAGUAGCAUGAAACAUGUUGACACCUCGCAGUAGGAUAUAAUUCCUCAAGCUCGCCCCAUCUUUGCGUGUCUUUUUCCUCCUCCCUGCCAGAUCUGAUAAGUGCCUUACGUAAUGCGACAUGGAAUUAUAACAUAAAGCCCCACGCUAAUCCCUUGUUGAUAUCGCUUCCAAGAACCUCAGCGGGAAAAAAAUGGUAGAGUAUACUUGGCAGAUUUAUGAUGUUUAGAUCCAAACAAAAAUUUAAUCUUUUCAGUGAGAUUUUCGAUGAUCGAUGUACAACAUGUAGCGUCCAAUCAUUUUUCUGCUGUGAAUUUGAAUGAGUUUAGUUGACGUCCAAAGCAUUCGAACUGGGAGGGUGGCAGGGAAAGAACAAUCGUUCAUUCCCUGCCAACCCUCCCACUUCGAAUCGACAGUGUAGGUAUUUGCUAUUCUAUGAUAUUUAAAGGCUUUAAAUGAGUUCCUCUGAGAGUCAAAACAAGCCCCUUUUAGGUAUUUUUUUCCUCUUGUCUUCAAGAUGAUGGCACCAAAUUCUUUCUUAACCCUAAUCCUCCUUGUGUAUGUGUGCCUGUGCCCCUGGUUUAAUCCGCAUUGUUAUGCUUGACAGGCUUUGUUGUAGCAUUAAUCCCCAAAUUUGCUAGUCUGAGUGAAUGGCUUUACAUAGAAUUGCACCUUUAAAUACUUCAAUUAGAUUCACACAGAGUCUAAUUUUCACAAAUACGCGGAUAACAAAACAUUUACAAAAUUGUUUCUUCUGGGUUAGCACUCGGAGGAUGGAGUGGCUCAGCAAUCAUUUUAUCCGAACAAUCAAGUGAUAUAGCCAAAUGCAAAUUCAUACAAUUUAAAACAUUUCUACAUCAAGUAAUGCUUUCUAAAAUUUCAAUGUGAAUACUAAAACACUUUCGAAGUAAAAUUUUGUUUAGCUUUUUCGGAUAGAUACAGUGGUACCUCGCUUCGACAAUCGAUCUUUUCGACAUCCGACGUAAAACUUGACUCGCCAUUUGUUUCUACAUCCGACAACAUGCUCGAAAUACGACGACAUGAAAGCGCCGCAGACGGACGCACGGCGGAUUUUCUUGUGAGAAAAAUCAGAACAGGUCCCAAGGAGGGUAGCGUAGGUGGUGAAACAAGGAAAAAGUUGACGCUUACCAUUGAAAUUAAGAUGCAAAUGAUAGAAAAAUAUGAGCGUUGGGUGCGCAUCCGUGACCUGGCUCAACAGCACAGCCGUAGAAUGUCUACAUUCUCCACGGUCCUCCUCCGACCUCUGUUCGUCAGUCUUUAUAAGUUAAGGUGACAAUUCUUAUUGUGGUAACAUCGCCAAACAAAUCGCCAGCUUCAUCAGGUUUUUAUCAUUUAUUUUAGAACUUGUCUAAAACAACACGCCUACUGUCCACCACAGUUGACGGUGUUCUCAACAAAACAUUAAAAGUGAAAGUAAACUCUCAACUGCACCGCUUCCUCGCUGUCAAGUCAGCGACGCUGUGCGUUCAGGUACAGCACACGAAACACGUCCUCCACACUAGAACCGGAUACGUUACAUAAUUACAGGAAUUAUUAUUAUGAUUAUUUUAUUAUUUCGGUUUUCAUCAAUAAUUUGUUUGUUUUGCUAUGUGUAAUUGCCAUUUGUAAUAGUACCAGCAUUAUUUAUUAAGGAUUUAGUAUAGGUUUUUGGGCUGUGUAAUGAAUUAAUGGAAUUAUAAUGUAUUCUAAUGGGAAAAUCCUGCUCGAUAUACGACCAUUUUGACUUACAAACAAGGUCCUGGAACAAAUUAACUUUGUAUGUAGAGGUACCACUGUAUUACAAUGCGAUUAAUGAAGGUUAAUUAAUUACAAAGCCGCGAACUUAAUUAAUUUUUAAAUCUAGUCCCACCCGUAAUAUUCUUUUUUGGCCAUUUCAAAAUACAAAGGGGCUACGCUAAGACUACAAUUUUACAUCAAUUAAUAUGGGGCCGCAAAAUAUUGACCUGCUGGCCACGGUUUCCCAUUAGAAACUCUGUGAACAAUGCUGUAACACAGUGGUCCCAAACCAAUGGGCCGGGGACCUGUACAGGUCCAUGGCGCAUAUGCUACCGGGCCAAAAAGAAAUAAUAAAUAAUUUAUUGAUGACCGCAUUAUGGCCUUUGCCUCUUGACAAACCAAUCUGCCUGCCCACUCCAUUGACUAGUCCGAGUAGAGACAUGUGGAUGUCGCUCUCUAGUGGUGGCCGCUAUUAUUGGGAUGUUUACACACCUCAGUAGCAGCUCAACGCCAGUCAAUGUAAACAGUAACGUUAGCUGCCUGCUGCUGGAUAUGGGCCAGAGCCAUGCAGAAAGAGAGUUGUGACACUCUCUGAUCUUGCCACAGGUGGUUACGUGGUUCACGUAGACAAGCACAAGCAGCGCUGUAAUGGUUUUUGAUGGAACUGACAGCACUAAUUGCGACAUUUAUGGUAAAAAAAAAAACAACAUGUCUUUGGACAGCUUUUCACUGGGAAAAGGCCACUUGAGAAGUCAGAAGAGGAGCCUACGCCAAGUCCACUCUACAUAAUGUGUGGCCAAAAGUUAGCAAACGAGAAAAUGAAGGCUUCAAAGCUGCUCACGCGCAUAGAGACUAAACACUGGAAUAAUGAAUAAGCCAAGGGCGUAGGUUUGCAUAGGGACCGUAGGGACAUAACACUACCAACUUUUCAGGAUGCUCAAAAUAGCUAGCUGAAAAUGAUCUUAACAGACGUAUUUUAAGCGAAAAGUGUUUAUUAUUAUUUUUUUAAUCUUAAAAGAAAACCUUGUUUGUCAGAUAUGUUCUUAAUUAAAGAAUAUUGUUUAAAACAUUAUUUGAAAGAAUUUUUUUCUCGCUUCAGGUUAAGAAUGACCAACUUUUACAUGUACGGAUGGGCUCAGUACGAACAAAUAGUAAUAUUUACUUAAAGUAAGUGGAAUAAUCCGACGCAUUAAUCUUUAGCCUUUAACACUCAAAAAAAGUUGGAGAAAUUAUUUUACUAGAUUUAACAAAAAUUAUCAGAAUAAGACGUUAUAAAUUUGCAGCGUGAAAGUAAGUAGAGGUCAAUACAGAUUUAUUUUUCAUUAAUCACUUAGCCUAUCAACUAAUUAGGUCCAUAUUGGUAAGAAAUGUAGCCCUGACCCCCAUUCACCAAAUAUGUUUGGUUUUAUUAAUGUCCCGUCCCCAGCAAAAAGUGUACAUGCAGAUUAUGCUGUUAUAUCGUCAUCAACAAAAGCUAAUGCACUGAGAUGAUCAUACAUCGUCGCGAACCGUAAUGCUAAAGCCAAGAAACCUUUCCCGAUUGGAGAAGAACUUAUUAUGCCUGCAAUCAAGGAUAUUUGCCGUCAAGUUUUAGGAGAGGCCACUGUUAAAACAAGUUGAGUCAGCAUCUGGUGAGUUACAUUUUUCCUGCACUUAACGUUCCUUUUCAGCCCCGUCGUGUUAUUUUAUAUUUGCUGUAUUUUUCUGCUACAUAUUGCCGCUCUGUGAAAAAAAAAGUCCCACAUAACACUGGACCGUGGUGCAAAAAAGGUUGGGGACCACUGCUGUACCACUUAAACCAGGGGUUGGCAACCCAAAAUACUGAAAGAGCCAUAUUGGACCAAAAAAUGAAGGCAACACAUGCUGUCUGUAUCUAUAUUAUCUCUACUAACCUUCUAUCACAAUGACUGAAGACUGACUCCACAUAUACUGUAUAUUGAGCCUUCAUGAUUAAAUGUGUGUUCAAAUGGAUUGGACGUCUACUAGGGAUAAACAGAUUUAAAUUCACAGCAGAAGGAUGAUUGGACACAACUUCGAUUGGCCAUCGAUCAUCCUCAAUGGUAUUGACAGAGUUAAUUAACAAGUACUCGUUGUUAGAUAGCGUGACGUCUCCUAAUCCCUGCGCGUGCUUGGUUAGUGAUGUGAUCUUUAGACGUCAACAAAUGGUGACUGGUAGAUUAAGGAGUAAGCCAAUCCAAUAGAGUUGUUACCUUCUCAGUUCCAAUGGGAUUCUUGCAGGAAUAGAAAUCUCAAGAGUGUCAACGGCUUUCAUCUGAUUGCUGUGUCUUUAACGUUGUAACCGCUUGCCUUCCUUUUAUUUUUGUUUGGAAUACGUUUGCUGUUCUGCUAGAUCCAGCCAAGAAGGGUCAAGCAGAGAUGCCGUCCCCAUUCGGAGCGAGCCAAGCUCAUGAGAAGAAAAUUGGCCACAGAAGAGUAGAUGCUUCAGGAGAGACAACAUACAAGAAGACCUCCUCCUCCGCCUUAAAAGGGGCCAUCCAACUCGGUAUUGGCUACACCGUUGGCAAUCUCAGCUCCAAGCCGGAGCGAGACGUGCUAAUGCAGGACUUCUACGUGGUAGAAAGCAUCUUCUUCCCUAGCGAGGGUAGCAACCUCACACCAGCCCACCACUUUCCAGACUUCAGGUUCAAAACGUAUGCCCCUGUGGCUUUCCGGUACUUCAGGGAACUCUUUGGAAUCCGACCGGAUGACUACCUGUAUUCUCUAUGUAAUGAGCCAUUGAUUGAAUUGACCAAUCCCGGAGCUAGUGGCUCCAUUUUCUACGUAACACGCGAUGAUGAGUUCAUCAUAAAAACAGUCCAACACAAGGAGGCAGAGUUUCUACAGAAAUUGCUUCCUGGCUACUACAUGAACUUGAACCAGAACCCUCGGACAUUGCUGCCAAAGUUCUUUGGCCUCUAUUGUGUUCAGUGCGGGGGUAAAAACAUCCGAGUCGUGGCUAUGAACAAUAUUCUGCCUCGGUCUGUACGCAUGCACCUUAAAUUUGACUUGAAGGGAUCCACUUACAAGAGGCGAGCAUCUAAGAAGGAGCGGGAGAAAAGCAAACCUACGUUCAAAGAUCUGGACUUUUUGAGUGAUGUUCCUGAGGGCCUCAGUUUGGACCAGGACACAUAUAACGCCCUGGUUAAAACUUUGCAAAGAGACUGUCUGGUGCUGGAAAGUUUUAAGAUUAUGGACUAUAGUUUGCUCCUCGGGGUCCAUAACAAGACCCAAGCUCAGAGAGAGCGUCAGUCCCAAGGUUCACCAGCAGGUGGAGUGGAUGAAAUGCGACCUGCCGCCCAGAAAGCCUUGUACUCCACAGCAAUUGAGUCCAUACAAGGAGGAUCAACAUGCAGGGAAACUCUCGACCACGAUGACACAAUGGGUGGCAUUCCAGCUGUGGGACUCAAAGGAGAGCACCUCCUCCUGUUCAUUGGUAUCAUUGACAUUCUGCAGUCCUACCGAUUGAUUAAGAAAUUGGAGCAUUCCUGGAAGUCGCUGAUCCAUGACGGGGACACAGUGUCCGUUCACAGGCCGAGUUUCUACGCUGAGCGCUUCUACAAAUUUUGUAGCGCCGUUGUCUUCAAGAAGAGUUGUUCAUUAAGACCCUCCCCUUCUAAAAGGGGUCGAGCCGCUUUCUCUAUGUUAAAAUCCAGUGCAGGUGGAAUCUGCUUGGCCGGCCAGCAACCCUCAGAGAGUGAUGAGAAGCAGGAAAAUCUGGACAACCUGCGAGGACCUCACAGCUUUCUUGUGUUGGAGGACAAUGCGAAAGAGCCCCCCUGCACGCCUCCCUCCUUUGAAGACGCCACCACAGCAUCGAUCGCCACCACGCUGUCCUCAAACAACUCGUUACCCAGCACCCCCUUCGAUACUCCCGAGCACCCGCGCUACAGGAAACAAAUGCUGGCACCCAAGUCCCACAAAGAAGUGGUUGAAGUUCAUGAGAAGAAGCAGGAAACCAUAACAGUGGAAGUCGAGCUCAGUAAAAUUCCAUCCAGCACAGAACUGACACAGAGGACAGAAGCAAGCUCGCCAGCUGACAAUCAGCCCAGCUUCAAUCCUCCUGCCUUCAAUCCUUCCUCCUCCACCCUUCCUCCCACCUUCCCGUCCUCCUCCGGCGCCGUUCAAUCAGCUUGCCAGACCUCCUCCACGCUCCCUUCUCCAUCUUCCCCCCCUCAUUCAGUCAAGCAAUCCACAUGUUCCUCUUUGGCGAACCCUCCGCGCCCGAGCGCGUUCACCCCCGUCCAUCCCUCGUCCCCUCAUCUCUCCGGAGGCGAACCGACGAGCGUUCGGGCGUCGUCGGACUCUUGCAAUCAGCUGUCGGUCUCCAGCAGCCGCAACUCGCUGGAAGGGGAGGUGCAGGUUUCCGAUAUCUACUUUUAUGCAGAUGGCAGAUAUUGGGUGUACUCUCCCGUUCUUGGCCGUCGUAAGCUAAACUCUAGUUCGAGUUACACUACUCAGGAGGACCAGUGUUGUGUGUAUUCUCCUCACUCCAGCUCAGAAGAUGACUCAUGAGGAAUGUGAGACCAUGCAAGAAGUUGCGAGGUUUUACAAAAUCGGCAAGAGAUUCUCGAUACUCUUCUGCAAAGCAUUUACUGUACAUAGUCCAUACAGUACGCAAAUAAAACUGAAAUAUUUCAAAAAAUAUGCAAGAAAAGAAAUUUUGCUGAAAUAUUGGACACGUGCACUAUGAACGGCGCAAACAUUUUUCAGCAUUGAUGGUGAAGCAAUAUGGACACUUGAUGGUGUGUUUUUAUUUUAGCAACAAAAACCCAGGAUGUAUUUUUUAUUGCACUUUAUUAUUGCACUUUUUAAAAUAUGAUUUGUCAGUAGACAACUGUUGUAUUUAUUAUUUUGUCAUAAUUAUUGAUAUAUUGUCCGCAAUGCCGAUUGGUCCAUUGUUCUACAUGCCUUAUUGACUAAAUGUAAUUAUAUGUCUUUGUUUUUGAAUGUUUCUGAUGAGUUAUUUCAGAUUUUUGGAAUAGCAAAUGUUUUUUGUAAAAUGUACAUACGGAAAAAAACUAACCAAAAACAAAAAAAAGACCUUAUUUGAGCGCAUCUUGUGACAGGGUCAUAAUCAUGACAUGACCCCUGUCAUGAACAUGAAUGCGUGUUUAUAACAGAUGUCCUAACUCAGAGAUAUUUGAUGACAUCAAUUACUGAGUAGCACUUAACGACAUGUUUCAUACAUUUAUAUUAAUGAAAGAUGUCAUGUCAUGCUUAUGACAGUGUGAUAACAGUGAUACUCUCAUAAGAUGUAUUGAUAAAAAUGUCUAACCCCCAAAAAAAUUUGGCAGAAAACACUCAGGUGACUUGAAGUUCUGCUCUGAGACCCCCAAUUUGGCCAAAUGUCAAACAUUUCAUAUAUUAAUGUGUGAAACAGUAAAGAAAAUUUUUGAACAAGAAGGCUUUUAAAAAAAGAAAGAAAAAAAAAAUUUAAACCCCUAAACCCUACCUCGAGGUGAGAGCAUGAGAGAGCAUAAUUAAAGACACCAUGAUUUUAACAAGAUAUUAUUGCGUACUUACCUUGUUUUGAUCCAAAACUCUGCGUAGCAUGUCUCACAAAGUGUCAAGACACAGCUGUGAAUGGCCACAGCCUGACUUUUUGGGGAUUUUAUGGGUGAAACACGGUAAUAUAACAGGAGUCACAAUGCAGAAAUUGCAGACAUCAAGGAGUGAUUGAGAUUAUCUAUUAUCAAAUAUUUACCCUUUUAAGGGUUUUUUUUUUCCCGAUUUUCUUUGGAUCGAUUAUCAUCUAAAAUAUCGGCGAAAAUGCGACAGUAACACAAAAAAAAAUACAAAUAAGCGAUAGUUAUGAGGUAGAUAUCCGUGACCUAUUUACAAACACUAUUUUUUUCAUUGUAACGUAAUUUGUUUAAAAGUUUAAAAUAUGCGAGUGAAGAAUUUUAUUGUUGUUGUUGUUGUUGUUUUUAACUAAAUACAAGACAUCAAUUAAUGAUUCUAAGCUAAAAAUGAAAUAUAUUUCAAAUCAAAUUUAAUUACCUUCUUUUGAUGGCUGGGUUGAAACGAGCGGUUGCACGAUGUCUGUAAACGCAAAAUUAGUUUGGGGGCUUAAUGCGCCAUGAAACUGCUAUAACAGCAUAUAGACAUACUGUUCUAUCAAACACAACAUUUCUUUUGGCUUAAAAUACAGCAGUUUAUUUCAAAGGGGGGGUGCAAGAGCAGAAAAUGCUUUUUCAGCCUUGUCUGUUUUCUGCCAUAAACAAAAUGCAGCAAAAUACUGUAUAAAUAGAAAUGGGAACAUUCCCUAAAAUCAAAAAUGUUCUUUUAUUGUUCUGAAUACAUCAAAUAACAGUAAAUUGAGGAACUGAAAAAAUAGAUAUAUUGUUAAUGUGAGUUUUUAAAUGAUGAAUAUUGCCUGUGAAAACAAGUGUAAAUUUUAAAAGAAAAUUGUACAAUAUUAAGUAAAAAGAGCUAAAGUUGGAGAGCUUCGAUUUUAAGGUUGUGUUUGGGCAAAAAUAUUUUUUUUACAGUAACAUUAAAUAUGUUUGUUUGUAUAAAUAUGUUGAAUUUUUUUUUCUUUUACUGAAAAUUAUGAAAAAAAAAGUAUAUUUUUUUAUAUAGUGAUUUUACUGUGAGAAACAAUGAAAUAUGAUUUACAGUACUAUAUCAACUCAUGUGAAGGCUCAAUUCAUCCGUGUUCUGUAUGAAAGAAGGAGGAUUUCUCAUGAUUUGGUCUUUUUCGUGUGCAUGUUAGUCCUGUGCGAGUAGGCUUGCAUUUUCUUCACACCUGUUUGUCAAUAUGUUGCUGAUUUAUUGGUGUCAGCCAGCUAUUAGCAUGUCGAGUAACUGAGUGUCUAAACUGAAUAAAGAGUAUGCCAAUGUAAAUUAUAGACUCAACUAUUGUACUGUUUUUACAUAUUUUUUUUUUUAAUCUCUGCUGACAGUCAUUAAUUGUCUUGGACGUCCAAUCCAUUUGGACUAAGAGGGCUGGCAGCAUUCGAUCGUGUGUUAUUAAUAUGUAAAAAUCUCCUUCUACUAUCUACCAUAACACAUACUCUGUGAAUUCUAUACAUAUUUCUGGGUUGGCAGUGAGUAAUUGAUAUUAUGUUCCUCCCUUUUAAAAGACGAUGCAGUGAAGAACAAUUAUGGCUAGUGCACCUGUUUUGGCAACAAGCCGUCACAAAGCCGGGCUUUGAUCUGCGGGAACCGCAAAUAAAUGCCUUUGUUCCUUCAAAGGAGCGAGAGGCGUGGACAUCCCAACAAAUAGAAACUGUGUGUGCAUGUUUGUGUUUGUGUGUGUGAGUGAGAUGGAGACAAAAGGCGAGAUAGAGCAAGCAGGCUCAGAUCAAGGGUACAUUUCCAAAUGUCUGUGAGUGGGAGACGAAAGCUCACCUAUCCAGAAUGCCUCACCUUGACUCUUGCUGCCGACUCAGGAUUUUGGGAGCACCCUUUCUCCCUUUGACCUUCAUUUAAAUAUUUUAUGUAUCUUUUUUCAAGAAGGUCAUUAAUUCCUCUCAGGCAGGAGCGUCACUAGACCUAAUACAAUACUGGGGCACAAGGGGGCACUGGCAAGUGAGCAAAAAAAUGUUUUUGCACAAAAAGUCAGAAAUAGCGCUUUAAACUAUAUGUAAUUUAAUUAAUUCUCGCUCUUCCUUUUGACCAC